AUGGCCGACUUUGAUCUGUCAGAGUACGUGACAAGUUACUUGUCAGAGCCAAGUUCGCUCAUCUCGCCCGAUUAUGUCGCAGAUGACUUGGAAGAUGCCCUUGACAUCGUUAUCGAAGCUCUCGCGAUGGACUCUGCCGCCAUCGCGCAGAGUAACUAUUUCGAGACCUUGGAAUGCAUUUUACUAAAUUUCUCUUCGAUAUCGAUCAAGUGCAAGGCAAAGUUGGCUGAUCUGAUCAUCUCGGGACUUUCAGCGCAGGCAGACACCGCCAAUCAACUCGUCAACAGCGACGAGCUGGAAAGCUUCCCUCAGCAGAAGCAGUUGCUUGAAAUCUACGGCUUUCUUAUCCAGUGGACUAUUGCAGUAAUCGAGACCGCAUUCGAGCAAGCUCAGCAAGGAACUUCGAAAGCAAAAUCAAAGAACAAGACACAUGGUACAAAUUCCGUCGACUCAAGCUUUGCUGUUGAAUAUUUCCAGAGUGCGUUUGAUGCUAUCUGCAAAGUGGAGAAAAUCAAACUGUCUAAGCUUUUUGUGACUACUUCUGAGCGAGACCUGUUCAUUAGUCUCUUCACGAGAUCGGCUUACUUGAUUCUCGAGAACGAACAGAACGUCAAGAAUGUUCCUAUCCGUAUGCACGUAUUCAAAACGCUGUGCAUGGCAAUCAAGUUCCAUGGUCAUGGAUUUGCCGCCCAAACAUCGCUGGUACAGAACUUGCUCUAUUAUGACCAUCUUUCUGAAACCAUUGCAGAGUUUCUUCAAAUUCUCUCGGAGCAGUACGAUCAUACACAGCUAGCUGAUGAGAUUCUUCGCGACCUCAGCAGCAGAGAGUUUUCCAACAAUGACACGAAGGGCCCCAAGUCUGUUUCCCUAUUCCUCGUGAGACUUUCAGAGACUCUUCCUCGAGUGGUGAACCAAAAGAUGACCCUGUUGGUCAAAUACUUGGAUUCUGAGUCUUACACAUUGCGAUGUGCAAUCAUCGAAGUGUGCGGCAAUCUAAUUGUCGAUCUUUCUAAUCUCGAGGACGACUCCGAGACACACAAAGCUCAGAUGAAUACCUUCUUUGAUGUCCUAGAGGAAAGAUUCUUAGAUGUGAACCCAUACUGCAGAUCCAAGGUGUUGCAGGUCUUCAGCAAACUAUGCGAUCUUGAGAUUAAGUUCUUGCCCCGCAGACAGCGGGUUGCUGAUUUUUCAAUCCAGAGCCUGAACGACAAGUCCAGCCAUGUUCGUCGUAACGCUAUCAAGCUGAUCUCGCGUAUGCUGUCAACUCAUCCAUUCAGUGUUAUGCAUGGAGGUCAGCUUGAUAUCAAGGAGUGGCAAGAGCGCUUGGACAAGGUGAAUGCAGAGAUCAAAGUCGCACAGCCACCUCUUGAAGAGGACGCAGUGGAACAUAAUCCCGGUGACCUUUCUCGCAUUGAUGAAAAUCUUUUAGACAACCUUUCCGAAAAUGGUGACGAGAAUGCUGGCAAUGAUACUGUCAUUCGGGAGCAAUAUGAAACUAUGGAGCUAAUCAACAAGCUGAAGCUCACCAAGCAGUACUAUACCGAAGCUCUUACCUACAUACAGAGUCUGCAUAAAGCUAGUGAGAGUAUCUGUUCGCUACUGUCUGCCAAGAACAAGAGCGAAGUUAUCGAGGCUAUGGAUUUCUUCGUUGUUGCUGAUGCAUAUAAGCUGCAGCCAGCAAAGGACGGAAUUCGGAAAAUGUUGCAUCUGAUCUGGACGAAUGCGAACAACGACGAAGGAAAGGGUGUUCAGAACCAUUUGAUUGAAUGUUAUCGAUCAUUGUUCUUUACCGCCCCCGAGGAGUUCUCAGAGGGCGACACCUGCACAUUCAUCGCUCGUAACCUGAUCAGUUUGACGUACGGAGCGACUGCUGCUGAGCUUACUUCACUGGAACGACUUUUGAUUACAAUGAUGAAGAACAACCAGAUGCCGCAGCUCGUCAUUCAAAAGCUGUGGCAAGUAUACGGCGUGCAGCAGCGAGAUAUUUCCAAGUCGCAGAGACGCGGCGCCAUUAUUAUCCUAGGCAUGCUCGCUGCUUUCGAUAGUGGUAUCGUUGUGCGCGAGCUCGAGACUCUUUACCAUGUCGGUCUGGGAACAUACGGUAAGCAAGAUUUAGUUCUUGCCCGAUACACCUGUGUUGCGCUUCAGAGAAUGGCUUCCGCGACUCAAAAGCUACCAGAGGAUCAUGCUAUCUUCCAGAGGCUCUGUUCCAUAAUAGAAGCUUACUCAGAGAACAAGGAGUGGUAUCCACUUGCUGAGCAAGCCAUUAAUGCUGUAUUCAGCUUGGCCAAGAAGCCAGACUUGCUGUGUGGAAAUGUCAUAAAACAGAAGACAAGAGCUGUGUUUGGAAACGAGGUAUCCGAGUCCUCGAAGCCUAUGUCCACAACGUGUGCUCUGUCGCAGCUGCUAUUCAUAGUUGGGCAUGUUGCUAUUCGUCAACUUGUGCAAAUGGAAAUGAUUGAGAAUGAAUUCAAACGAAGGAAGAUUGCUUCAGAGAAAGGUGAGUUAAUAAGGAAUUCUAAAGUAUGCCAUGUGUGUGCUAACUUUCUUGUAUUCUCAACAGAUAACCAAUCUCCCAGCACAUCAAAGGACGAGUUGGACUUGAUUACAGGUACCUCGGAGGAUGAUUUCAGUGAUGCGAUGGGUCAGAUCAGAGAGCGGGAGCUACUUUACGACAACAGAGCCUUGUUGACACGGUUUGGCGCUAUGGUCACUGAGAUCUGCUCUGACAAUCUCAAGUACAACGACCCUCAGCUUCAGAUUAUGUCUACUCUAUGUAUGGCCAAGUUUAUGUGCGUUUCUGCCGCGUACUGUGAAUCUCAUUUGCCGCUCCUCUUGACUAUUCUGGAGAGAUCAAAGGACCCGGUGACUCGCAGCAACAUAGUCAUUGCCCUCGGCGAUAUGGCUGUAUGCUUUAAUCAUAUCAUUGAUGAGAACACUGAUUUCCUAUAUCGGAGAUUGCAUGAUCCUGAUUCAGCUGUUCAGCGGACUUGCUUGAUGACCCUGACGUUCUUGAUUCUUGCUGGUCAGGUUAAAGUCAAGGGCCAGUUGGGCGAGAUGGCAAAAUGCCUCGAAGACGGAGAGAAGAGUAUUGCAGACCUCGCGAAGAUGUUCUUCGGCGAGCUUGCGAGAAAGGAUAACGCUAUCUACAACUCUUUUACAGACAUCUUCAGUACGCUCACUGCAGACCAGGAUCUGGACGAGAACAGUUUCAGACGAAUUAUCAAGUUUCUCACUUCGUUCAUUGAGAAGGAGAGACACGCUAAACAGUUGGCUGAGAAGCUGGCUGCAAGACUCCCUAGAUGCGAGACAGACAGACAGUGGAACGAUGUCACAUUUACGCUCUCAUUACUUCCGCACAAGAGCGAGGAGAUCCAGAAAGUGGUUCAGGAGGGCUUCAAGGUUGUGUCUUCCAACGCGUGA